UCUGCCAUUGCAAAUCAUCCUUUGGCCGCUAAGAAAGUGGAAUUAAACCGGGAGAUGUUGAGUCCACUAAUUGCUCUGGCUGGUAAAUGGCAAAUCUGCCUCAUGCCCUGAAUCUCCAGCGAGUGCCAGUUGAUCAUCUGGUCAGGAUCUUAAUUGCUUCAGCACAAUCUGUAGGGAAACAGUGGUAAAAAGAUAAAGUAGGAACAUUAGACUGCGAGCAGAAGUUAGUUAUUUUUGUGCUUUAAAGGUCAAAGGUUGUGGUUGGGUUAGAGAACGAUUUGGAAAGAGGCCAAUUUGCUUCUCUGCCAAACGUAAGUGGAGGAAAUUGAUGCCACUCUUCAACCUGUCCGCCCCCUUAUAUACAUAUUAACAUUACGUACAAGUAGUUAAGUUAUAUUUUUGAUUUAUACUCCAAGUAAUGGACCGGGGUGGUGGUCCCUGUCUUUAAGAAGCGGGACAAUAGGGUGUGUUCCAACUAUGAGGGAUAACACUCCUCAGCCUCCCUGGGAAAGCUUACGCAAGGGUACUGCAAAAGAGGGUCCGAUCGAUAGUUGAACCUCGGAUCGAGGAGGAACAAUGUGAUUUUAGUCCUGGUCGCGGAACUAUUGAUCAACUCUUUAACCUCGCGCGGGUUUUUGAGGGGAGAUGGGAGUUUGCCAAACCAGUCCACAUGUGUUUUGUGGACUUGGAGAAGGCCUACGACCGUGUCCCCAGCGGAAUCCUGUUUGGGUGCUCCGGGAGAACAGGGUGGAUGAUUCCUUAUUAAGGGCCAUCCAGACCCUUUACCAAAGGAGCACCAGCUUGAUCCAUGUAGCCGGUUGUACAUCGGACUCGUUUCCAGUGAGAGUUGGACUCUGCCAAGGUUCCCCUUUGUCACCGGUUCUGUUCACAACCUUUAUGGACAGAAUUUCUAGGCGCAGCUGGGGGGUGGAGGGGGUCCAGUUCGGCAGGCAGAGGAUCUCAUCGCUGCUUUUUGCGGAUGAUGUGGUUCUUCUAGUUUCGUCUAGCAGUGACCUUCAGUUCGAGGCAGAGGGUGAAGCGGCUGGGAUGCGAAUCAGCACCUCCAAGUCCAAGGCCAUGGUCCUCAGUCGAAAAAAGGUAGAUUGCCUUCUCCAGGUUGGAGAGGAGGUCCUGCCUCAAGUGGAGGAGUUCAAGUAUCUCAGGAUCUUGUUCACGAUUGAGGGUAGAAUGGAGCGAGAGAUCGGCAGGCAGAUCAGAGCGGCUUCAGCAGUGAUGCGGACGCUCAACCAAUCUGUCGUGGUGAAGAAAGAGCUGAGCCGUUUACCAGUCGAUCUACGUGCCGACCCUUACUUAUGGUCAUGAACUUUGGGUAAUGACCAAAAGAAAAAGAUUACGGAUACAAACAGCCGAAAUGGGUUUCCUUCGCAGGGUGGCCAGGCUCAGCCUUAGGGACACUCGGGGGGCGCUCAGAGUAGAACCGCUGCUCCUCCACGUCGAGAGGAGUCAGCUGAGGUGGCUCGGGCAUCUGGUUAGGAUGCCUUCUGGACGCCUCCCAUUAGAGGUGUUCCAGACAUGUCCCACCAGUAGGAGACCUUGUGGACCACCAGGACCAGGUGGAGGGAUUAUACUGCUUUCCUGGCCUGGCCUAGGAAUCCCCCUGGAGAAGCUGGUGGAAGUGGCUGGGGUUAAGGCCGUCUGGGCUUCCCUCCUGAAACUGCUGCCCCCAUGACUCGGACCCGGACAAGCAGAAGAAAACGAACGAACAAACGAACUCCAAGUAAUGGAAGAAAUCAUCACCGCCAAAGAUGUUUGCAACUAUACUACUCAUAAACAGACUAAGAAAAAGUGUCACAACUUCAAAAGUCUUUUUCUAAUAUAUAUUGCAGAUUUAUGUCCUACAUAAAUGUACAUAAUGAAACUUUAACUUUAUCCAUUAUCUUGCACUGUAAAUGAAGAUCUGGCUACAUCAAAUCUCCCUCAUUGAACAGUAGCUAGACUUUCUCCGGUCCAGCCAGGGUCAGAUAAACUUGUCCAUUAGGAGAAAACUUCUACGACCAGACUUGCUUGACAAAUCAGACUUCACAGGCGAGUGGAUGUAGGUGGGUUCUCUGUCGAUAACACAGUAUUAAGUGGAGGGGACGUGUCAGCGCAGAAGAGGUCUUAAUCCAAUCAGCAGAGUAAUUAAAAACACACAGCGCAGCAGCAGCAGCACUCAUGGCUGAUGGCUGCUUUGUCAGGGACAAAAUUCAGCAUUUAGCACAGAAUGAAGAGCGCUGUAGUCAUGCCAGGUCAGAAAGAUGGCAAAUGGCGACAACAGCUGCUGAGCUAUUAAAACCAGAAUCUGCAAAAUGACCAUAUAGAGCCUCUACCCACUUAUACCGCUGGCAACCUGUUGGAAAUCCUCUAGAACUGCUAUAGAUCCCCCUCUUGGUGCUUUAAUCAUUUAGCUGUAUUGUUUCUUAAUUAUCUUACUCUGCAUUAGCUCCCAUUGUGGCUCAGUUUCUGAUUAACACCAACACCCCUCUACAAAAUAAAAGCCCCAGUGUUGCUGAGCUGCAAUUGGACAACAAACCACCAGAUGUCACCCACGCCUCAGUGCCUUCAAUCUGUGUUUUUAUGAGGCAUAAUGAAUUUUGUUUUUGGCACAGUGUCACACUUGUGCUUGGUGCAUAACAGCACGAGCAGCUUUUUUCUUCUUUCUGUUUAGAGAGAUGGAUCUGGAGUCAAUUCUGCACACAUCUGAGCAGCAGAUUCACAUGGAUGCAGCAACAGGAUGCUCUCUCUCCCUCUGAUGAUACAUCACUGGAGCACGUUGUGCGUCCUCGCUCCAUGCAUGGUGCAGUUUUAUCUGGUUGAACCGGUGACUUAGCCAUCCUUCUUUCCAGCCUCUGAGGGCCACUCUCCAGCCUGUGCGUGUGUGCAGCCGGGCGUGAAUCUGCAGCUCGGGGAUUGCUCGGGAUGUGUGACAGGCUGCCGAGGAGAGGGGUAAUUCCGAAGGGCAGUAGAAGUAAUAGGGUAAUCUAUUAUACAGUCCAACUCUUUCUUCCUCCUCCUCCUCCUCCUCCUCCUGCCCCCCUCCUCCUCCUCAUCUCUUCUCUCAGUCUUACGGUUUCUCGCUGCCUCUGCCCUUGCAUCAGCAUUUCGUGAGGACAAAUGAGGAGUAGAGUUUAACUAUGCACAUUCCCGCUGCCCUCCUGCAGAGCCCAGCACUUUCUCAAUUAGACCCGGAGUCCGUCUGCCGCCAUGAUUCAAAGCCCGCCCCCCUGCAGAGCAAACACACACAUCUGCAGACGCACACAGCUCCAGACCUGCACUAUAUGACCAUGUAUAACAUAUAUUUGACACAUAUGUCAUGCUGCACAUUGACCAGCUUUUAUGUGCACACCAGACAGGCAGAAAGUGGAAGGGGAAAGUCAGAGCAGAAACUGAGAAGCAGAGGGGAUAUUUCAGAAACAAUGUGCAGAUUUUUUCUCAUUUUGGCGCCAAUUUCUCUCCCAGUUUUUUAAUCCUUAUCACUUUCACCCUUUUACAAACAUUUCUCAUCAGUUUGAGAUCAUUUUAGAUUGUGUGCAUCAUAGAUUAAUCCUUUUUUCCUCUGUUUCCUACAAAAGUCCACUCACACCAGCGGACCAAUUAAAACCUCUCUCUUCCUCACCCCCUGCCCUGUCUCCAGCCCUUUCACCUCCAUCCCUGACAUUUAUCUCGCUCCAUUUUAGUCCCACCUCCCAGAGAGACAAGGAGACAGAGAGAGAAAGAGAGAGAGCAAGAGAGAGAGAGAGAAAGCAGCCACCAUCUCCCCUUCCUCCUCCUCCUCCUCCUCUUCCUCCUCUCUCAGCUCCCUUCUCUUCCCCUCACACGCUCACUCUCCCUUCCCUCUGAUGCCGACUGGAUGCAGACAGGGGGAUUUCCAGCAGCAUCCUGAGUCUGUCCUCCCUCUCCUUCUCCUCUCCUCCCCUCCUCCUCUUCUUCCUCCUUCUCCUCUUCCUUCAACAAUUCGAAGCUUCUCCUCUUCUACCUCCUCUGCUUCUUCUCCUGCUCCUCACCCAUCAGGAUGUGGCACUCGGUGGCUCUGCUCCUCUCUGGAUUUUCUGCUUUGAUUCAUGGUGAGCUUGCAUGCCUGUCUCCCCCCUUUCUCUCUCCCCUCUCUCUCUCUUUUUUUGUCUGCCUUUCAUCCUGUUUUUGGGAAUCAGAUUGCAGCAGCCACAUUGAAGUGUGAAAGUGUGAAUUUGGAGGAAUUCAUGGAUUUGGAGUUGGUAGUUGUGGUGCGUUUUCUGUGCAUAAUGGUGAGGAAAAAGAAUUCAAAGUGGAGGAGAUACAAUCGAGGAGGAGGAGGAGGAGAAAGUGACAAUCUGGCUCACCUGUUUGCUUUCUUGUUUACAAUUCUUGAAUUUUUCGCAACUGUUCUCUCAUUUUUAUACCACGCACACAACACAAGUUACCCAAGAGGUUCGACGCUAUUCUUUUUAUCUAAGACAUCUUAACAGGGGGAUUUAUCUGUGCGGCGAGACGGAUAUCAGUAAAAAAAAAACCUGAUCAGUGAUAACAAAUCAUCGCUUUUCUUUCCUUCAAUUCACAUGCCUCUUCUUGUUUGAGUCAGGGGGUCUCACCCCACAUAACAAAAAAAAAAAAAGCAGGUCAUAGAUCUGUUAAAUGGAUCGUCUCUUCCAUCUUGUGUUGUGAUGUGCUGCUGCGGCCGAGCUGAUGGAGCCUCAGGGGCUGGAGAAGUCGUAGCUGAAUGUGAGAGCUGACAGUGGAUGACAGAGCAAAGAGAGAGAAAGAGAGAGACAGAGACAAGAGGAGGGAGAGGGAGAACUUUCCCUACAGGCAGAAGCAGUGAAAUCCUUUACUUCUUGUUUAUUUUUCGCAUGGAUUUUUUUUUUUUGAGACGACUGUCCAGAAAAUAAGAGACAAGCGGACGGAUAAGACAGAAGUUUCAGACUGUUUUUUUUUGCAGCCUUGAAUCCUUUGAACUCUAUACGCGCUGUCAAAAUCAGAGAAAAACAACUCCUCCACAAUUUUUCUAAAGCGUCUUACACUCUCCAUACUGGGCAUCUUCUUUCCAGCACUACAUUGAUGUUACACAACAUUAAACUGAGUGAAGUCCUCAAAUCUAAGACCCACAUUUUUUAAUUGCUUCCCUAUAGCAACAAGAGGCACAACAUAUUUAAGUCGAUUCCCCGAAUGUCAGUCUCACUAAUGGAGGAUUUAGACGAGCAGAGCACAAAAACAAAAAAACGAUUGAGUCCAGCAGAGACCUGAGUUUGUCCAAAUGGAUCCACUGAUGAGAUUACACUUACAGUUUAAAAAAAGAAACAAACACAAAGACCUUUCUGUUUUUACCUGUCUUGUCUUGUGUGUUUUACAGCUCAGUCGGUUUACUCUCCAGUCUGUUCUCGAGACAUCUCUAUUUAAUACUUUACACGUAAUACCUCUGAGCAUUUCAAAGUUACCUUAAAAAAACACUCAUUAGUGCCAGUUAUCCCUCUUAUGGUCUAAUUAGGUAACUAUUUGUUUGUCAGCGUGCUCUCUCUGAAGCUCCUGUUUGUUGAUUUCUUUCUGCAUAUUUUAAUAUUAAUUGUAAAAACUGACUGAGGGGUUUGACCCCUCUUAAAUAUUUAAUCAGCUCAAGGUUAGAUCGUAUGAGUGACUAAGUUUUAUUUCAGCUAAUUUCAUCAUUUAGAUUCCUCUAUCGCUUUUCUUUUGAGUGUCUUCUGAAUGUAUUUAUGGAUAGAAAAGUUCACCUCCUCGGGGUAAAAAUCUUCUGAUUUAAUCAGCGUUUUUUAAAACCUAUUUUCAGCAUUCGUUUUUGCCUGACUGUACUCGCAGCCCCAAAUCUUUCACGUAGAGAGUUUUUGUUUAGGUUUCCUCAUAAAUUUAUGUAUUUUUCCCCCUUUGUUCUGUAUCUUUUCAUUUCAAGGCUGCAUGAUCACACACCUAAAUAAAAAUAAAAGAAACACAAGAUAAAGAGAGUAGAGGGAGGUCAGAAACCAUCGAAAACAUUUUCUCAUUGUCUUACAAGGCAGCGUCCUGUAUUUCACCUCUACACUUAAAAAUAAAGGCCUGUUUCGGUGGGUAAAUGUGAGCCUUAUCACCACUACACCCAUCACAGGAAAAACAGAGUCAGCCCGUCACUUUAGGCUUUGUAGAUGACCUUGUAGAUUGUGACUUUGUGGAGGCAGUUGAGCAGGUGCAGCCCUCUGGUCUAAAUUGGCCCAAGAGGACAGUGAAGUGUUUCAAAUCCCAUCAUAUUUUAUUAAUUUGUAUCUCUUUGUACUGUUUUGUAUUACUCUCUAUCACAUCAUAUCACACUGUAUCAUUUGGUAUUGUAUCACAUAGUAUGGUAUGGUACCCUGCUAUAUUGUAUCACAUCAAAUCAUAUUAUCUUAUCCUAAAAUGUAUCUUUUUGAAUUGUAUUGUAUUGUAUCAUAUUGUUCCUUUUGGUCAGGUAUUGAAUCUUAACAUAUUGUAUCGUAUCAUUUCAUAUCAUAUUGUUCCCAUGGUCAGGUUUUGUAUCGUAUCGUAUCGUAUCGUAUCGUAUUUAUCGUAUCAUAUUGUAUCACGCCGUUCUCUAUGGUCGGGUAUCGUAUUAUAUCGUAUCGUAUCAUAUGAUAUGAUAUGAUAUCAUAUCAUAUCAUAUCACAUCAUAUCAUAUCAUAUCUUAUCGCAAUGUUCUCUAUGGUCGGGUAUCGUAUCAUAUCUUAUUGUCUCUUAUUGUCAUAUUGUAUCGUAUCGUACUGUACCCUAUCGUAUCGUAUCUUAUCGUAUCGUAUCAUAUCGUAUCGUACCGUACCCUAUCGUAUUGUAUCUUUUCGUAUUGUAUCAUAUAUCGUGUCGUUUCUUUCCCAAUGGUUGGGUAUCGUAUUAUAUCAUAUUGUAUCGCUCCCUAUGGUCGGGUGUUGUAUCAUAUAUUGUAUCGUAUCAUACUGUAUCGUGUGCUGCAUCGUGUUGUGUCGUAUCAUACCGUAUUGUAUUGUAUCAUAUUGUUCCCUAUGGUCGAGUAUUGUAUCGUAUCAUAUCGUUCCCUAUGGUCUGGUAUUAAAUCUUAACAUACCUUAUUAUAUUGCUUUAUUCUCUCUGGUCUGGUAUUGAAUCUUAUCAAUUUGUAUCAUUUGCUAGUUUUGCACAGCUUCUUGUUUUUCACAGGUUUGACUCAUGUCACUAUUUUUCUGCCUCUCCAGUUUCGCUGCAGGGUCCUCAUCAGAGGAACUUGCUGAAAAACCUCCUGAAGGACUACAACCGGAUGGAGCGUCCGGUGGGCAACGACUCCCAUCCUCUCACUGUGGUCUUCUCUCUCAGUCUAGUCCAGAUUAUGGACGUGGUGAGUCUACAGACACAAUUUUUCUUACACCACACAUCCAUCGUGAAGAGGCUUUUGAUUGUCAGAUAAAUCAUGAGUGACAAACACAGUUUCUCUUUUCUUUGAGGAGAAUGAAGCAUCGACAGCCUCUUGUUUCUUUAGAGGCAGCUGUGGUGUAAUCAGUCAGGAUUGCUGCUUGAUACUUUGCUUCUAGUCUUCAUGCUGAAGUGUCCUUGAGCAAGAUACUGAAUCAUCGAUGGCAGUGUAUGAGCGUGUGAAUGUAGUACAGUGUAAAAGCACUUUUUGUAUAUGUAUGCAGUAUAUUUAUCAUUUAGUUUGGGAUUAAUAAGGAAAUUUAUGGAAAUUGUUAUUUGGGGGCUAAUUAGAUUUUCUAAUUGCCCUGAGACUGUGGUUUACACACUGAGAAUUAUAACGAUGAAGUUUUUGUGCAUUCUUAUGGAGUAUUAGAGGUAAAAUGGAAACUUUAAAAAUCUCUUAGCGGGGUGCUUAGUCAGGUUCAACAUUCAAAAGGAAUUUUCAGGUAAAGAGCUCAAUAAAUUUAGCUUUUUAUGUUUUUCAGGAUGAGAAGAACCAGGUGCUCACCACUAACAUAUGGCUACGGAUGGUAAGGACGCCUGAGAGAGUUUCUGGGAUUUUUUGUUUGUUUGUACUAGUUUCUGUGGUUUUUAACAUGUAAAUUGAUAACCUACGCUGCGUAAAUCCUUUGAUGUGGAGCUGUUUUUUCCCUCGCCACUCUUUGACGGGCGAGAAAUAUUCAAAAGUAAAAUGAUUCAGAUCUAUUAUUCAUACGAAUUCUGUUCGUUGUAAACUUAACUUGGAGCAGGGAGCAGCUUGUCUAUCAUCCACUGAGAUAACAGCUCUGUGUGUGUUGUUGUGUGUGUGUUUAAGAGUUGGUUCGACCACUACCUCCAGUGGAAUCAGAGCGAACAUCCAGGAGUGAAAAACCUCCGCUUCACCACAGAUCAGGUGUGGACGCCCGACAUCCUGCUGUACAACAGGUAAAAAUCACGCACAAGUGCCUGAACACACACAUUUCACACCCGCGUUAUAUUCCAACAAGUAGUGUCAGCCCUCCUUCUGUCCUUCCUCAGUGCAGAUGAUGACUUUGACUCCACCUUUAAGACCAACGUCCUGGUGAACUCCAGCGGCUACGCUGAAUAUCUCCCUCCAGGUGAGCUGAGUUUUUCUUCCUGACCUCUUUUUCCCUCCCUCUCCCUCCUUCCCUAUCACUCCACUCAUCUCCCCACGGUGCAAAGGCAGCAUCUGAUUUCGCAGUCUCUGCACGUCUCUCUUGUUUGUACAUUGACAUUAAUAUUUUAUUAGUAUAAAACAGGAUCCCUGGUUACUCACUGGUUACAGAUUCCCAAAGAUACCUAUAAAUAGGAGACGCUCGCCUCCUCCGUUUCCCCGUCUUCACCCAAACGCAAGACCUGUGCAAGCCUGUGAAAGCCAACUCUCCCGGGUUUCUACGUGUCUUUUUAGUGCUUUGAGUCAUUGCUUUGUACGUCAGAUUUCAGCAGAUUGAUAUCAGAUCCCUGAUGCCAGCAGGGAGCUGAGUUGAAUGGCCUGUGAAGUAUAAGCGAAAGGAAAGCCACCUUGUCUUUUCCGUUCAGUGGCCAUGUUUAUUAAUAGGCUUCUGCCGAAUGUAAAUACAGCUCCUCAAUGCUGGGAUCUGGAUUCAUCCCAAUUAGGGAGAGCAUAGAAAGACAUUUCUGAGGAGGAGAGGUUUUUAACACGGGAAAUAAUGAGAAAGAAGGAGGAAGAGUUGGCGUGCAAGAAAAGUAAAAGAACGAGCAGCAAACCAGGUUUUUUCUGCCUCCCUCGCACACGCCAGGUUGCAGUUCCUAAGGUCUUUUUUUCGGGCAGUUACUGACAGUAAAUAAAAGCCAACAGGUCUGUGGGUGGCAGGUUUUGGAGCAGAGGAGGCUUGACACACAGUAAAUAAUUCACAUGGCGGAGGAUGCCAGGUGUCUGCUGCACACCAUGAUUUGAGGAACGUCUCCUGUAGCUGCAGAAAGUCUUCUGUUGUUAUGUUUCGGUGUAAUGGCGAGCAAGGAGAUAAGGUGUAACAGGUUUUUUAGCUCAUAUCUUUAUUGGGUGACAUUUGCAAACAAGGAAUCUUGUCUGGAGGUGUUUUAACGCCAUCCUGGAAGAGGUUUUCAGGCUGAUGGAGUUUCAUUUGGUAAAUAUGCUCAGAGAGAGAGAGGGAGAGAGAGAGGGAGAGCUGCACGAGAUUGUCGAACACUGCAGAGAAAUACAGGUGUCUUGUUUGUGUGAGCUUCAAAGAUAUCUAUGAAAGCAGAUUGCAUGAGUGUGCACAGAUCAGUGGACUACAAAGAAAGUGCUUUCAGAGUUAUCAGAGUUAUUUAGUGCUUUGGGAGCCCGUAACAGGAGCAAUUAUAACGACAUCAUCCCUCAUGAAGCGAAUUCAAAUUCAGACGAGAAAUUUGUGUCAAGAACUUGAUCUAAGAGAGCCGGGAGUUUAUAAAAGACAAUUUACUGCCUCUCCUUCACUUGUCUCUGCUUUGAAUCCUGAAUUCAACCUGCUAACCUCCUUUCUCUUCUCCAGACUCGCCUUUCACUUCCCCUCCGAUGGCUGAUUUGCAUGUCGGCGGCCUCAUAAUGAACGUCUUUGAGCGCUGUGAGGCUGCAUUGACAUUUCAGUUCAGUGUGCGUCCAAACGUCUCAAUAGACUUGAUUCGUUUAUUUCAGUAAUUACUUUGAGGGCUGGAGUUUGCCAGAGACCACUGUGUGGAUUACUGGGAAUCUGGAUUGUUGGUGCGAGUGUGCGUCCUCAUGAUAGUUUUAUGCUCGCCUGCGUGUGUAUUUAUUUUGCAUAAUAUAAACAGUAAUCUUGUUAGGACACAGUGUACAAUCUUAUUCUUUCAGCGUGACUCUUAGACUCGGUCUACGUCUUUAGCUGUGUGGAGAAACAGCAUCUUUUCGUUGCAGAAGAGAAAAAGUGAAACCUGUGACAAACAAUGCUGCUGCCAGGAUUUUUAAAAACAUAUUUCUUUGGUGGGGGUUUGUUUCUAAUCUAGUGUACUCCUUCAGCCUCCAAACUCAAUUUCAAAAACAGUAAACUCUCUGUAGACUUUCCCAAUGUUUAUAAAAUCCUUUUUCAGUGUGCGCUCUGAUUUAAAAUGCAGCGUCGUAUAUAGAAGUUGUAAGUUGGCUGAGUUAAGGACUCAGGCGGUGGAGCUGCAUAGAUAUGAAAUAAAUGAAAGAUUCUUCCCGACAGGCAGCUUUAUAUUCUCUGCAGGUUUUCUGCACAUCACAAGUGUCCCUCUGAUAUAUCCUUUCCUUGUCACCUCUGUAUGUGGUGCUUUGCGAGGGUCAAUACUGUCGUUUAGUCGAUUGAUUGUGGAGCGUUGACUCUCGGUCUCCUUGUUCUUUUGUCUGUCUUUGUCUCUCUGACAGGAAUCUUUAUGAGCACAUGCAACGUGGACGUCCGCUGGUUCCCCUUUGACAUCCAGAGGUGUGAGCUGAAGUUCGGCUCCUGGACUUACGACGGCUGGCUGCUGGACCUCCAGAUGAAUGACGCUGAUAUCACAGGCUACAUGCCCAACGGAGAGUGGGAUCUGAUAGGUGAGUAAGAGGACGUCAAAAGCAUCCACCCACAGAGCAAUCAGGUUGAUUUCUUCCUGUUUCUGUUCUUGUCAGGAGUUCCAGGCACCAGGAAUGAGGCCUUCUACGACUGCUGUAAGGAGCCGUAUCCUGAUGUGACCUUUGUGGUGACGAUACGACGGCGGACGCUCUACUACGCCCUGAACCUGCUCAUCCCCUGUGUGCUGCUGUCUUCCAUGACGCUGCUCAUUUUUGUGCUGCCAGCCGACUCUGGGGAGAAGAUCUCUCUGGGUGAGUGGAUUCAAAGGAGCCGUGGCGGAGAAAAAAAAAAAGGCAGUUAGAGGCCAGCGAAAGACUCAAAAAGCUUGUGGGGAAUUUAUCAGUUACAUGUCUCGGUCUUUACACAAAGAGAUUGAAACCAGUGUGAGCUCAAGUAAAAAUGGAUCAUUUUAUUAACCUUUAAGUCAAAGAGGUGGCUAUAUAUUGAUAUUUUCUUCUACCAUAAUGUCAUGACUCUUUACACAUUUAUUCUGCACUUUACCUUUAAUGGAUAUUUUAUAUCCUUCUGUUAAGCAGAUACCAUGAUGUAUCGUAAUAGAAUAGUCAUAAAGCAAAGAUAAAAACAUCCAAUGCCAUUGGGGGCUGUGUGUUAGAUGUUUUGCCUCUUUAGGAUACUAAUCAAUUUAACAUUUGCACUCAUUAACUGUCCUUUUGAAUUCUUUCACUUAAAAUCUACCAGGAAUAGUGCAUUUCAAAAUAAAAGCGCAGUUUGACAAAGUGAGAGAUAAAGCAACCUUGAUGGCAGCUGAUAAAAUAUCCAAUAAAAGCCUGACAGUGAUUUGUCUUUAGAUGAGCUGAUGAUGUGGAUAAAUCAAAGAUUUUAAUGUUAAAAGAAACAGAUGAUUAAAUUGAAGAUAAUCACAUUCAUCAGUUGCUCUUUUUAAACAUUGAAUCCCACAUUACUGUUACUGAUCUCUUGGUCUCUCUAAUGCAAAGUGAGCACAUGCCAGCGAGGGCGUGGACUCAUUCGAAAUCAAUGUCAGAGAGUACACAGCUCACACAGCCCACCUGUCUGCGAGCAUUUGAUUAUCAAAUGUAAUUAAACAACCCCGUUACAGAACUAUCCUCUGCAUGCUUGUUGUUAAUGAGAUUAUAAGUGAAAGAGAGAAACGCUGCAAACAUGUUUUUUGUGCUGCAAAGUCUUAAAUUUUAAUGCUGGAGCCAAUGGGGAUUGGAGCCUUCGAGGGACUGCGUUUUAGUCUGACAGCUCACAUGGAAAAUUAGUGGGUUUUUUUUCACACAGCAGUGGAACAUAGUUAGAGUUUGGCAUUGAGGCUCUGACGUCUGCUCAGUCUGCAGAUAUAUUUUACGUUGAGGAAUUCAGGGAAAUAUCUGAACCACCUAUCUGGAGCCAGCAGGUGGAUGGCGGGGUGGCGCUGGAGCUGAUCAGUGACAGUGCGGCGGAUACAGGCAGCAGCAGCAGCAGCUUUAAAGGAGCAGGAGGAGAGAUGUGAAAUUUUUCAGCUUAAGAAGAUUGUAAAACUAAGAGGCUGUGUUUGGCAGAUGAUUGUGGGGAAUUAAGACGUAAGGUGUGUUUAACCGUUAAGCUAGAAUUAACCCUGAACUUGAGGUGAUGCUCCAUUUUCAGCAUCGGUGCCUUUUAUUGCUACUUACUUAAAACUUCGUCAAGGUAAAUACAUAUGGCGUACAUGUUUCUGGUAGAUUUACACCAGUGGGAAAAGUCGUACUAAAGAGCAACACAGCUGUUCAUCAAUGAUUCAAAUCUGCGGCUCGAUGGAGAUGGAAAUGUACACAACAUGUCUGCCAAAAACUGAGCCUUCACCUCCUGGAAUAAAAGCAGAAAAAUAGAGAAAUGUCACCGAGGACAGCGGGAUAGAAAGAGGCAAACAGAAAAGGUGUGGUGCAGAAGGAAGAGAGGGAUUACAGGAUAAAAGAUAGAGAGAUGAUAAAUGCGAAAAGGAGGGGCUGUGGGACGAGAGUUAAGAAAGAGGAGCUCAGACAGGAAAGGAAUUCUGGAGGGAUGAGACAGGACGUCCGGAAAGAAAGAGAGAGAAAAAAAAAGAGGAGGACUGAUGAGGAGGAAAAGGUGGGAGACAAUCAAAUCAAGCUAUAAUAAGCUGGAAAGAGAAGGAGGAAGUCGUGCUAGGAGAUAACAGCAGCUGCAAAUAUAUUUUAAUAUCUGUUUCAGGCUGUUUGGAGCUCUUGAUGAAUGACGUUCACCUUGCAGAGUGGAUAAAACCCCGGCGAACACACACCGUAGGCAGUCUUUAGCUGAAUAAGAAAACAAUUAAAUGAAUAAUCAAUCCUCACAAAGAAAUUUGGCAACUUUUUUUUUGUAAUUUGUGAUUUGUUUCCCUCAUUUUUUAAGUGCCAAAUUCACUGAUACCCUUUUGUUCUUUAUAUGACUGUUGAUGGAUUAACUAAAGCCCGAGACGCUUGUGUAAAAAGGCUGUUUCAUUUACACCUCGUUUGGCUCAAACAAAACAAUUAAAUAACAAAGAAAAACAGUCAGCAGAUAAUAAACGCAAGAAAUUUCUUAAAUGAAGCCAGAUGUCAGACAUUUUAAUUUGAGUUUUUGUGCGCGUGAGUCCGAUUUCUUGCCAAACAUACUGAGAAUUUCUGGACUCCGAGUCGAGGUGGGAGGGGAGCAGCGACGGCUCUGUCAAAGUAUAUUCUAACCUCCAUAUAGGAUGCAUUACGCAGCAUUUCCCCCUCGACAAAAAAUGCAAAGCCUACCACACACGGCCAAUUAACCUAUUGAUGUAAUUAAGGCUAGUGAAUUGAUCGCAGGGAGAGAGCUUACACACCGCCUUCCAGGAAAAUACUCUGUCACUUCUCUGAUGGAGGAGACACGGGGACAAAGUGGGUGGGUCCUCCUCCUCCUCCAGGUUUAAGGGACCCUGCUUUUAAAUAGAAUUAGUGCCAUUUUCUCUUGAACAAAGACAACAUAAAAGAAGCAUUUUUAAUUUUCUUAAUAUCCUUAAAGGGCGCUCAUAAUUUAUAUCCAGACCUGGCAGUUUUAAUUGAAUGUCUCUGAGUUAUGCCAGCAAAGCACUCUUUAGAUUCUGUGGCUUUGAGAAGUGAGAUGGAUAGUUUGGAGGACGGUAAAUGAAGAUGGAGAUGAGUUUCAGAGCAGGAGUGUGUGAGGUGUGCGUGUAUAUGUAUGAGUGUGUGUGCGAUUUGCUGUGUAGCAGUGCUUUCUCCUGCAGAGGUACAGGAUGUCGAGAUGUAAUUCACUGUAUGAGCAUUAGCCAGUCAUUUACAGAAACUGAACCUGAGUGACUAUUUAUCAGAAAACCCAAACACGCUAAUGCGGCGACUCGGAGAAAAGUACCAGAACUCUGACAGAGGACUAAACUGAAAUAGAAGUUUGUUGGUUUCUCUCCUUGUUUCCUUCUCUGUCCUUUAACAUUAAGAAUACAGAUGUAAAAUAAGAUUCUUAUAUGUUGAUUCACAUAUGUGUAUAUGUGUUUAUCUCUCUGCAGGUAUCACUGUGCUGCUGUCCCUCACUGUUUUCAUGUUGCUGGUUGCAGAGAUCAUGCCCGCCACGUCAGACUCUGUCCCUCUUAUAGGUACGUACUAAAAUGUGUAUUAUCCGCACUUGACCCGAAGCUAAGCUGAAGAGUUUCUGAUUUUGCAGGUUUGUGUCAUGAACUAAAUAUGGAUAGAAAGCUUUUCUGUGUUUGUUUGUUUUAAUCAUUCAUGCCCAAAUUUCACCUGACAGGAAAAUUCCAACCCAGUUAUGUCACCCUGUCCGAUCAGUGGUGAUGAGGCGGCUUUAGGCUGAUUCAACAAAUUUCCAAUAAACACUGAAAGACGGUAGAAAUCCCUUUAAAGCUCCUGUUAAGAACUUUUGCUUUGUGUUGAUUUUGGCGCCCUCUGUGGCCAAAGCAGUGUUUGCAUAUUACAUAUAUUAGGGUGACCAUACGUCUUCUUUUACCUGGACAUGUCCUCUUUUUGGGAUCUGUCUGGGCUGUCUGGGUAAGUUUUGAUUUUGUGUCACGUGGACUUACUAAGUUUACGUAAAAGACACUCGAGACCCAAAAAACUCUCAAAAUUAACUUCUUGCGACACUGUGACUCAGCCCCUGUGUAGUCGUGUCCUCUUUUUGGUAAGUGAGAAUAUGGUCGACCCAACCUAUAUGUAAUUACAUAAGUUUUUUAGGCAAAAAUCGCAGCACACAGGUAGUCUCUUCAUUAGACACCUUCCCCCACCAGUAAUUUCAGAUAUCAAAAAUAAUUCUGUAGAAGAAGUCACAGAUUUUGUUUGCUUUUAAAAGACAUAAAGAGACAUCAGUUUGGAUUUCAGCCUGUUUCACAACCAGCUAAAAAAACCCUCACUGGAGCUUUAAGUUUAGAUUUCUAAAAUCAAGACCUUAAAGCUCCUGUGAGAAGAUUUUUGACUUCUGCAAAAUAGACCAAAAUUCAUAUUGAUGCUUUCUUUAUUCAUCCAAAAGCAAAGAAGACCAUCAGCAACAUGACUGAUGCAUUUUUUAUCACAGUUUUUACUGCCUGUUACCAGUGGGAUGGGGUAGGUGUCAGCUAACCCUAACUGACCUGCUUUUACAUAAAUAUUUGACUGUCAAAAGUCAGUAGGAUGAAGUAUUUCAGCAUGUAGAGGUCAAGAUAAACAAAGUCUGGUCACACUUCAUCCCUGUACCCAACUUUAAACCACAAAUUCAAACUGUGUGAUAAAAACUCAAGAAACCACCGAACUCUUUGGGAUCCAACCAUAAGGGACCGUGAAUUUCCGGACUAAAUCUGCCAUUCAUCCAACAGUGAGGAUAUUUCUGUCUGAAACAAGCUUGACAGACUUCACCAUCCAAGAAGUGCAGAAAUAAGCAUGACUAAAACUCCCUGGUGUGUACAGAGAAAUCUCUGCAAUCUGUCCAAGACACCAAGAUUUUGGAUUGGUGACAACUUUACAAACGUAAAGACAAAAACUGCACAACUCCAACACAUCUCGACACCGCUAGAUUCCAAAAAUCUCAGAGGAGCCUAAUUUAUUUUAGCCAUCUGUUUGCCUUAAAAGUUAAUUGGCUAAAUUGAUUGCGGGCGCACUGUCGGAAAUUAUGUUUAUUAAGCCUAAAUUUGCAGCCAGAGACAGAUGCAUGGCCAUCCUUGCCUAGAGACACAAAUCAUGGUCAUUAAAAUUAAAAAAAUAAAUAAAAAAGUGGAGUCAUAAUCAAUAGAGUGCUGCCUUCAGCAUAUCUUUUUGAUAUAAAUAACCCAGCUGGUGCAUUUUUAAUCUGUUCAAUAACAUAAUGAAUGCAGUGAAGUUACUAGUAGGUGGUAAUUGCAGUCACAGAUCCAGAUAUGUGGCAAAUUAAUUGUCUUUUUCUUUCGCUUUUGGCCUUUUUUUCCCUAUAAGGGCCUUUUGUUGGGGUAAAUGAUUGAUAACACCGCUCUGUUUUCUUCUCUCAGGUCAGUACUUUGCCAGUAUAAUGAUCAUUGUUGGGAUGUCAGUCAUCGCCACAGUCAUCGUUCUGCAGUAUCAUCAUCAUGAUCCAAAUGGAGGCAACAUGCCCAAAUGGGUGAGGCUGAGCUCCAACACUUAAUCACAACCUGUGGCUGAAUACCGACACAUACAUCAUCCUUACAGCUCGUUAAAUCCUGCCAACAGUUGGUCUCCUUGUUUCAGAUAUGAUCUACUUUUUUUAUGAAUCUCUAUUCAGUCCUCAGCUCCACCAUUUUUCAGUCAUAUUUCAUCCAUCUGGUAUUACUCUACCUGUGCUCCCACAUGUCAAUUUCCCCUCUCUCUUUUCUUUCCUCUGACUUCCUCGGCUAUGACUCAUGCGGCGGUGUCAGUCUGCCGGAGUGUUCAUCAGCACAGACUUCAACAGGAGAAGGUUUCAAAGAGCUCUGGAUAUGUGGGCGGAUUCGAUUUGACUCCCUCCGUCAUAUUUUUCUUGCCUUCUGUUUCAUGCUAAAAAAUGCAUUAGGAUCUUUUUUAGACGCGUCUUGCUCUCGAGUUAAAGUAUGAAAUAGUAAAAUGCGAAAAAGGGGGUCUAAAUGACAACAUGAAAUAUAGAAAUUUUAUACAAUUGGUUUUGAAAACGGCUGCUCUUUUCUUUUAGUAACUAUUUCCUCUUGUUUAAAUCAACAGAUGACAAAAACUGCCAGAUCUACACUAAUCAAUGCACUUUGCUAAUGGCUCGGUUGCAUAAGAGUACAGAUGCUCCAUAUAUUGAUACAUUACAAGGACGCUGCGUUGAUAAAUGGCCUCUUCAUACACUCGAUGGCCAAUUAACAAAAUAAUUGAUGUGGUUCAGAUGAGCGCAUCGAACCGGCACAGUUCAUAAUCACAGCUACGGACAAACACAACAACAACAACAACAGCAGCAGCAGCAACAGGCGCCGUUACCUGCCUGCUUAACAAACAGUCGGUAGCAGCUAAUUGAGUGGUCAUCUGGACAUUAGCUUCUCAUUAGGUGCCAGACACACAUCUGGAGGCUGUUAGGCCAAUAUGCCCUUUUAAGGGACAUGUAGUCUUUUACCAAGGGAGUGUUUUAGGUGGAGGAGAGGGCAAAGAGAGAAGAAAAGUGGAAAAUAGAGGAGUAGAAAACAAGAUUUAGCAGCAGUUAAUCUUCUCCUUUUCCCUAAUGCUGCAGUUUGCAAAGGCAUUAUUGCAUGCUCAUUACCGUCAAGAGAAAGUAAUCUUACAGUCAAUCUCUGUUUAAAUUCAGCGCUGUCUUUUUAAGUAUCCUCUCCACUGGAAAUUCAUUUAAAGUUUAAAAAAAAAAGGAAAAAAUCUUCUUUGCCUCGAGCGCUUUAACUCAGCAUCCCCGAGGAUCUCAUACUUCUGCUUAUACGAGUGCAGCUGAAUUUUGAAACGAGGAGCAGGGUUGGUAACAGCACAAACGUGAGUCUGACGAUGAAGUGAGGCUGUUCAGGAAGCUUACCUCAUGUCAUGUGAAGGUCAAAGCGUGUGGGUGGCUCCUGCUGCUCGAAAGCUUUCUUAUCAUUUCUUCCUCUCGCUCGUGUUUUUUUAUUUUCUGCUUCUUCUCGUCCCCAGUUUUGAUUUUUUAUGUCUCUCUCUGCAGGUUCAGCUUGUUUUGCUGCAGUGGGUGGCCUGGUUCCUGCGCAUGAAGCGUCCAGGAGAGAACGACGACCCAGAGCGUCCGCCGUGCGCCCCCCACUUGCGGCGCUGCUCCUCGGGCUCCCAGAGCGGCAGCAUCCCAAACCAACAGGACCCCACCCUCCACCCGCUGCACCCACAGAACCUGGCUCCUCUGCAAACAGGGCCCCUCCAUGCCGGGCACCCUCACCUCCACUCCCAAUCGAGUACCAACAACAACGGGAACCUUCUCUACAUGGGUUUCCAGAGCAUGGACGACCCUUCGAUACUCUCAGAGUCCCUCCAGAGGAAUAACCUCUCCACAGUACCCACACGAGUAGCAGGGAGCCCACCUCCACACCUCCCGUCUCAGUUCUGCAGCUCCCCCCCACCUCCUACACCGAACAUGGAUACUGUAGGCUGCCCCAGCACGGUCUCCAGUGGAGGAGGCUUUGGAGGUGGGCCAGGGGGGCUUGGGGGCUGUUCGUCGUCAGGGAUAGGAGACCCCCAGCUGCAGGCGAUCUUGGAGGAGGUGCGUUACAUGGCGGACCGUUUCCGGGAGCAGGACGAGGCAGAAAGCAUGGCCGACCAGUGGAAAUUUGCAGGCGCCGUCAUUGACCGACUGUGUCUGGUGGCGUUCAGUGUUUUCAACAUUAUAUGCACCAUUUCCAUCCUUAUGUCCGCUCCAAACUUUGUGGAGGCUAUUUCAAAGGACUUCGUUUGAAAGCGAGAAGGGGAGGAAGAGCGUGAAGGAAAGGAUGAAGGGAAUUAAAUAUAGGAUGAAAGAUGGAGUGGGCCCGGAUCCAAGGAAACACAAUUUUCCAGUGGACUGUUGGCUCUGUGAUUUGUGAUCACAAGAAAACUGGGAAACUGAAAAAAAUAAAUGGUUUUCUUUGCAAUACGUUCUAUUUUGUAACCGGAAUAAAAGCAGAAAACAGAUGAGGAAGGGGAUACGAAGUGAACUCAAAGCAAGAUUAGGGUAGGGAAGGUGCUUCAUCAGAUUGUCGACAGGGUGGAAUAGAUUUUUGUGGUAAAUUCAGAGAGUUUCAGCCAAAAUUAGGAGAAAGAUAAGUCAAGCAGAGAAAAAGAAAGAAAAGACUAUCAGUCUAAUGAAGGCUCGGGUAAAAAAGAGAUCCUAAAGCAGCGGGGAGAUUGAGAGAGCAAGAGAGGGAAGAGAAAGGCAUUUGAUGGAGCAAGAUAAAUAAGACAGACAUUUGGCUGUUUUAUUUUCUCAGGGAGGGAAGACAGUCUUUCACUCCCACAUGUCGAGCAAAGACCGCAUCGUUUAAACGGAUGUGAGAGGAGAAUCUGGGCAGAGGAGAAAGAGACUUAAACAAGGAGAGACAACAAAGGGCAGUGAAGGAACAACACUUCAUCCCUCUUGACGUUAGGUGGAGAGAGCAGCCUGAUGCUCUUACAUUCAGAAAGUGGACUAAAGAUCAGGGAGGUGCAGCAAGGAGGGAGGAAGAGAAGAGGAUCCCAUCAAUCAUUCAAUCACAUUUAUUUAAUGACCGUCAAACUGAAAGACCUUGGUUAAUCUUUAAGACUAAUCAGCUUUAAAAAGAUGAAGUUCCCCUCUCUGCUCACAAACCACUUUAGAUUAACAAGGCCUUAUCUCCUUCAGAUGAUUGCCAAUCUGCAACAAUCAGCAGAGAUCAAAAGCUGCUCAUCAGUGGGCAGAGUGUGCCGCGCUUAUCACAACAGGAAACUGAAUUAGUGGGUCAUGAAUGAUGUACUGGCCACCGUGGAGGCUGGGACCAGUAAUUACUCUGUGAGCAGUCGCCUAACUGGGACUGGGUAGACCCAAAGACCACACUGAAUUUCAUAUUAAAGGUUUAGAGACUCAGAUGGGGCGUCUCUGCUGAACAUGACUGCGGCGCAAAAAACAAGUAAUCCUUGAAUCUAAAUGGAGAUGCAACAUCUCAUCAAAUUUCUGUCAGAUGCUUUCAAGGAUUUUAUGAGCGAUUUCACAUCUAUCUUAAAUGACGGAUGAGACUUUAAUAGAGCUGUUUUUCAUGAGCUUGACUCCAGUCACUCCAGAGCUGUGAUUUAAAAUACUACAACUGCAGGUCUGACCUUCAGCCGGUCAGCAUUUGAAGAAAAAGGCAACCAUUAAACAAGUCUCAAAUGAGGUUGAAAAUAACUCUUUCCUUUAGUUUGACAGAAUAAAAAACUUUCUUAUGUUAGCCGAGCCUAGCUGAAUUUAUCAAGAGGUAUUUAUUUCAAACCCCCCUAACAAUUUUAUUUGGUGUCACACUUUGGUUUAAGUUUGGAAAGCACAUCUUUCAAAUGUAUUAAAUUUUACUCUUUUUUUUUUUUGGUUAAAUGCUAACUUUAGGUGUUUUCUUAUAGUGCAAAAAAUGAGAAAUGAUAAUGAUUCAUCAGAUCCUAAAUUUAUUUGACUGACUUACCUACAUAUUAUCCAUAGACUGUAUAUAGAAUGGACAGCGUCUGCCUCCUCGCUGGGUGAAGCCACUCUGAGAACAGCACCCUCUGAUGUCCGGCUGCAGUAUAGGUCAUAAAUCCCAAAGCAAAGCUUACGGGGCUGUGGACAAACUUUAGAAAUUUAUUAAACAGAAUAUAAAUAUUUCUCUCCCCUGGUUCCGAUGUUGACAUGUAGUUACUGUCAGACUGGUUUGUGCUCAAGUCCUCUUUUUUCUGUGCAGCUCUGUUUUAAAAAGUUAUUAGGGGGUUCAUGUUUUCUAUGAUUGACACCUGAUACAGCCUAUGGGUGUACAAAAAUUGCGUAGCUCACCCAGGGGGUAUGCUGUUUUAGUUGAGCAUCAUCACAGUGACUCUCUGUGACUUUCCCGCCGAAUGCGUACAACGCUACUGCGCAAUGUUGAGUUCAGGAAAUGAAGAAAAAUUGCAGAAAUACUGAGAGCUUUUUGGCUUGAAAUCCGUAUACUGACGGGAGGCGGAACCGAGUUGUCCAUAGUAUAUACAGUCCAGGAUAUUACCAUCAAACAGAAAUAUAAAGCUACACUAGCAUUUGGCGUGGGAACAGACUCAUUCAUCAGGUCAUAACCUUUACAGUAUCCUUUGUGAAGUGUCAGUAAUCACUGGGAUAUGAUACUGCAGCAGAGUUUAAGACUGAGGGGCUUAUUAAGACACGGCCAACAAUAAUGAAAGAAAAAUUAGUCGUUUAAAAUAGCUGUAAGGAACAGACAUUCAGUUGUGAGUGUGUCGUAAACAAGUCUUAAAAAGAGGUGUCACACUUCUCAAUAUCAGGUAUCAUGUGGUGGUGGCUCAAGGGCACAGUUGAGUGAAAAAAAAGUUAUGAAAUACCAGAAAGAAAUAAAACAUCCUUGCAGUGCACUUUUCAGUGAAAGAAGAAUAAAUAAGAGAUAUCUGAAAGUUUUGUUGAGAAACAACUAUUUAACCUUACGGCAGCAGAGAAAUAGAGAAGAAGAUACCAGGAAUAUUUACUGAAAAUUAUACUACAAGUUAAAGGAAUAAGGCUUGAAUUGGAGUUAUUUUCAGAAAGCAAACAGUCUAUAGUUUUAUGGUUCACAGCCCAGCAGUAGACAUUUGUUUCUGAUAAAGGUGUAAUCCUUAAAGGGAAAUUGUAGCGUAAAAUUAAUUUAGAGUGAUUUCUUCAUGUAAAUGCAAUCAGACCGAGACGCUAAGGCAGAAGAACUACCGUGUCUGCAGUGCAAAAUGAUUAAUCUGAUGAUUAUUACUUCAAGGAAAUAAUGAAGAAGAAAUUAUCAUAAAUGUUCUUCCUUGAGCUGUGUCACCCUGGUGUAGUGCAGAAUGGACUGGUCUGAGGUCUCACUACAAACAAGCGGCUGCUGGAAGAGAGUAGGUGAGUUGUGUUUAGUCUCUUUCCUAAAAAAAUUAGGCAAAGUUAAAAAGAUGUUUGGUGGCUAGUUCUAUGGCUGUGACCCUAUAUGUACUGUUGAUGAAGUUAGAUGCUGUUCUGAGCAUUAUUUGUGGCUGUAGAGUGGGGUUUUGGUUGAGGUUUGUUUAUGGCUCCUCAGACGGCUGUGUAUUGCUAUCAUGCGGUCGUUACUAAAGUUGGUAUAACUAGAGAAGCAAGGGGUCAGCAACAUUCAUCUCUCGAGGGGGUGUCUAACUCGGUGUUACGUGUGUUUGGCCGUAAAUUAAUUUUACACCAUAUUAUCCCUUUAAAAUUGGGUUUGGAGUCUAUGCUUUAUUUUUAGAAAGUUAAAAGAUCUCUUAUCUGAGCUGAGCUUUCAAGUUUUGCAAACAUGUGUCCCUUUCAGCUGUGGGUAAAAACAUUUCAGGUGCUCUAAUGGGUGUUUUGGCAGGAGAGCGAGGCACGUACAGGGAUGAACUUGAACCUACUUAGCAAACUUUGAAGAGACAUGUACAAUAAUACACCGCAGACAGCUACGUGCGUGUUGCCAUUUUUAUAAUCCAGAUCUGUUUAUGAGGCAGCAGAAACCAUCCAAAAAUACUAAAAAGUUAGAAUGAAGAUUUGGGACUUUUAAUGAGGCGGCCUCUCAGCCCUCUCAGUGCAAAUGAGUCACCAAAACAACGUCACUCUCAACCUUAUUUUGAAAGGACAACAUUUGAGCAUCCUGAACUCCCUUUAUCCGACACAUGAAUUUGUUUGAUUAAAAACUAUCAGAGCUUUUUUCUUCCCUUUGUAUGGAAAUAUAUAACGGUUUCUACCUGACCUUUGUGCAGCACAUUCACGGCACAGUGUGGAGCUAUUUCUGGAACUACAAGGCCAAAAGCACAGAAAAAAUGAACGGUAUUUACAAGUAUGUGAUUGUUUUGGUGUUUUCACAGGAUUAGAAAAAACUUGCGGUCUGUAAUGUUUUGUUUUAGCAGGAACAUCUCUUGAGGCUGUACACAUGCACACUCAUUGUGGACUGAGACAGCUGUGUAAUUCAUCUCUCCACCUCUCUUCAUCUUCUACCCCUCUCUCUUCCUCUCUAAUGUCAACUCUCCUGGCAGGUGGGAAGUCAACUUCCUGCCAUGUGGUUUGUUGAAGGAUGUUCCUCUGACUAAAACACUCCCGUCUGUACAGAACAUUUCUCAUCCUGAAAAUAAAGGACUCUCUCUUUUUGUGAUAAAA